AAUGCAACCAAAUGAUGAGGAUGCACAGAGAUUGAAGGCCAAGUCAGACUUAUAAUCUGUAACAUAUAUGCAGUGAAAAAGAUCUUUUUAUUAGUGUCAAUUAUUAUGGGCUUUUGUUUUUUAUUUAAUUCGAAUAUAACAUUUGGAUGGGAUUACAAAAUUAUAAUUGUAUAUGCAUGCACAACAUAAUUCGCAUUUAUGAUUUCGAAAUUGCUUUCCAGUAAAGGGUAUUUGCUAUUCAAUUUUAUAUAAGCAUCAACUCUUAUUGUUGCUUUGCUGUACUUGAAAGUGCUAUUUUAAUUGCUUAUUUAUUAGGGAUCGUCUAUGAUAAAGAAGUUUCCCCAAUAAAUAUUAAUUUCAUUAGCUAUACUCUACUUAUCCUAUAAUUCGUAAUAUUGGCAAUAACAGUUUUAAUAAGCAGAUAAAGCUUUGAGAGUGAUGCUUAAGAUCAAUCUAAAUAAAUCUAAGAAAUAGUACAUAAUUAAGAUAUAUAUAUAAGUUAAUUGCUGCAAUAAAAAGCAUAGGUUCAUUGCAGAUUGUAUUCUUAAGUUUGAAAUGGAGUUAAUAAAUCAAUUGGGGUUGGAUGCAAACUCUCGUAAUUGUUUGGUUUUGCAUUGGUACUAUGGCAUUGAUUGAGGUAUGUUUAAUUGUAGAUCUGAUGUUAAAGUGUUGCAAUAAUGAACUUUAAAAUAAAAAACAAUUAAGUAAGAAAUAUGGUUAUUCCUAGUUUAUGGAGGUGCUUGGGUGAACAUUGUGAUAUUAGGAUUUAUUAUUGAUACAGGAUUGACAUUUUUAGGAUUAGGUUUGUUAUUGGACUAUAAUAUUGGGUAAGUAAAUUUAUAUGGUUUCAUUGCUUCUAUUGUAUACUAUUUAUUUCAGAUUUUUUUCUAUUUGAAAAAUUAAGAAGAAUUAAUGUAGUAAAAUCUAUUAUAAAUAGCUAAUUUUUAAAUUUAUCAGAAGUCUAAUAGCCAACUCGACCAUCAGAAUAGCCUAAUGAGCAAGUUACAUUAAAAGAGAGGAUCAAAUAGAUUCAUAGAAUUAGCAUUAGCAAAGUUCCAUAAUUUAUGGUGAAAUUGUCAGCCACUUAUUUUAGAAAGUAAGAAAUAAAUGAGAAUCAAAAACAUUAGAAUGAAUUAGGUUCUUCUUAGGAUAAGAAAUUUCGAUCAAUUAGCUUUUCAGAAAUAAAAAAACAAAAUGAAAUAAAGAAAAGUCCAUCUUCUGAUUUAGAUGAAGAUUUAACCAAGAAAUUUGACUAAUUACUAUCAUCUCCACGUCUAAAAUUAGAAGUCAGUGAAAGUAUGGCUCCAGAAUUAUCAAGCAGAGGACCAUAGAAAUAAAAUGCGCUAUGUCUUGUUUGCUAUGAAAAAGAAAGCAAUAUGAUCAAUUAACCUUGUGGUCAUGGAGGAUUUUGCUAGGAGUGCUCAGAAUAAUUAUUAUCAAAGAGUAAUUACUGUAUGUUAUGUCGAAAACCUGUGACUCACACAUUACUAGUAUAAGGAGUUUAGAAUCGUGAAAGUUUAGUUGAAGUUGUAGGAAUAUAUUAAGGAGGAUAGAAAUAAAAUUGA